GAUGUCUCGUUGGGUUCACUCAAUAUCAGAGACUAUAAGACUGAGCGCACGAAUCAAUUGGGUUUUGAACCGCAAAAAGAGAUCGUUUACAAUAGAUAUCUGCCGUACAGUCCGGCUCUCGAUGACGAAUGUCUUCACUAUUUGUCCCAAAUUAAGGCAAAUAUCGCCCGAACUCUUCUCCUCAAUGACAGACACGGAUUUCAAUGGAUUUCGGAUCUGUCCAAAUAUCUCCGACUCUAUGGCACCACCUUUUCAAAGGAAGACCACAUUUACUUCAUUAACACGUUGUAUGAAGUGAUACUAAUCCCUGACCUGGAGUUGAACCGAGUCUCGCAUUACGCUAAUGUGUUGUCCACAUUACUCAAAAAGCGGGAACUGAUCACCAGAGAAGACCUGAUUAUCAGAUGGCGUCCACUAUACGAGUUGUACGAACGGACACUGUUUUCGCACUACGAGAACCUCGGAAUGCUUUUCAUACCAGACAACUACGAGAAUGCCGUCAAAAAUCUGAUCCGUAUGUGUCGGCCGUACUUCUCGGUUGAGUCCACACAAGAGAUGCUGGAAGAAUGGCGACCAAUGCUGUGUCCGUUCGACACAGAGAUGAUUAAAGUGACCUCUCAUAUGGAGUUGUUUCUGCCGACCGCUUUGCCGCCCGAACACCACUCGCAGGGAUUCAAACUGUGGUUAAACGAGUUGAUGGAGUUGUGGAACUCAUCGCAAAACACGCCGUCGUGGGAACAAAGUCUGAUCUCACUGUUCGCACGACUGGCCAAUGACUCGAUUGGUUACGUGGACUGGAAUCCGUAUAUACCGGAGAUAUUCACGCAUUUGAUUCGCAGUUUUAAUUUAAUGGGCGGUUCGCACAAAGUGCAGAUCACCAGAGGUUACAGUGUAUUCAACAUCAAUUCUGUGGUCUUAUGGGUGGUGGCAAUGCUGGGCCCCGGCAGUCAGUGUCAGUCACAUGUGACCAAACUGUUCAAAGCCGUUGAGUCCUAUUAUCAUCCGUCAAAUACGGGCAAAUGGAAUCUAAAGCUCCAACAGUUGCUCUUCAAACUGCCCUCGAGUUUCAUCAGUCGUAUACAUCGGGAGCGCUAUAAGAAGCCGUCGUGGAGGACACCGAUUCCCGAUUCACACAAACUGACUGAAGAGGACAUCAAUGAGUUUGUGGGCAGUAUAGUCAACGUUGUGAUGAUAUCGAUGUUCAGUCGGUUCGGCAGCGCUGAGGCGGCCACCGCUCUCCAGAGCCUAUCUCUGUUGAGACCCGAGAAAGUGAUUCCACCGGUUCUCGAGAAGAUGUACUCGUCGUUGGAGACGCUAACAGAGCCGCACCGACUGUCGGCUUCCAUG